AUGGCGAUUGCAGUCAAGAACACUAGCCCAACGCAAGUGAGAAGCAGUGGAGGCGUAAGACACUUGCAGCCAAAAAUGAGAGUUUAUACUUGUAUGUUCAAGUUCAUGUGUCUACAAUGGGUUUUUGUGAUGUUUUGUGGACACCACGUAUCUUCUUCGUGCCCAGAUGCUUUUCUCUCAAGUUCGAAUAUGUUUGCCCUUAAACGUCCAGAUAGAUUUAAAUGGGAAUCAAAGAACGCUACCACCACAAACAAUGUAAAUGUAGCACGGUCAAGACGAAAAAGAUCUUUACCGAAUUUGGAAGACUCAAAAUUGGCAGUUGAUGCACACAAUGGUCACCGAGCUACAAUCGGCGACGAAGGAGAGGAGCCCAUACCAUCGAAUAUGUUGUACAUGACUUGGGAUCCAACUCUUGCGAUUACAGCGAUGAUUUAUGCCAGAAAAUGUAUAUUCGAACAUAGCGUUGAAUCUGAAAGAUCGACAUCUCAUUUUCCAGGGUGGAAUGGAGAAAACUUGUGGGCAGGGAAAGGAAAGUUUGCUGGACCUUAUUUCAAUCCUGCUUAUGGAAUUAACUCGUGGUUUAUGGAAUAUAAGGACUGGGAUUUUGACACCCUUUUCUGUGAACCUGGGAAGUUAUGCGGACACUACACACAGAUUGUGUGGGCAGAGACCUACAAAGUUGGAUGUGCGUGGUUGAAUUGCAGUACAUUUGACACAGCGAUGGGUGAAAUAUGGCAGGAUACGGCCUACAUGGUUUGUCAUUACGCUCCUGGAGGUAACACAGAAGGGGAAAAACUUUAUAAAGUUGGCCCAAGGUGUUCCGAGUGUCCAGUUAAUGACACGUGUCCGGAUGGAAGGCUCUGCAGAAAUCCUAUCCGAGAUGAGAUUCUGCCGGCGCCAUCCGAUGGAGGUUUGUAUAACCAAAUUCGUUCUAUAUUUCAUAAACCGGUAAAUGGCGCGAAUUUGUAUAUUUUAGGUUUUAUUUCGAAGAGAAAUAAUUGA